UCACCAAGAAGGAAGAUGGUUAUCAUUACGACAAGCCUUCUCAAACCCCUCAACCCAGUAGUCAAACCAGUGGUCCACUUGUGAUCGAGACCCCUAAGCCAAAAAUUGUGACCACCAAGCCUACCACUCCUAAGCCCGUCAACAGAGAAUACUUGCCUCCCGUUGUUAAGGCAGCUACUCCAGUUGUGCCAAAGACCACCCAGAAGCCAAAACCUGUUACCACCAAGGCCACCACUCCCAAACCUAAACCAGUCACCACCCAAAAACCCAAACCAGUAACCACCAAGGCUACCACUCCCAAACCCAAGCCCGUCAACAGAGAAUACUUGCCUCCCGUUGUUAAGCCAGCUCCUCCAGUUGUGCCAAAGACCACCCAGAAGCCAAAACCGGUUACCACCAAGGCCACCACUCCCAAACCUAAACCAGUCACCACCCAAAAACCCAAACCAGUAACCACCAAGGCUACCACUCCUAAACCCAAGCCCGUCAACAGAGAAUACUUGCCUCCCGUUGUUAAGGCAGCUACUCCAGUUGUGCCCAAGACCACCCAGAAGCCAAAACCUGUUACCACCAAGGCCACCACUCCCAAACCUAAACCAGUCACCACCCAAAAACCCAAACCAGUAACCACCAAGGCUACCACUCCUAAACCCAAGCCCGUCAACAGAGAAUACUUGCCUCCCGUUGUUAAGGCAGCUACUCCAGUUGUGCCCAAGACCACCCAGAAGCCAAAACCUGUUAUCCCCAAGGCCACCACUCCCAAACCUAAACCAGUCAUCACCCAAAAACCCGUUACCACCCAAAAACCUAAACCCGUUAUCACCAAAGCUCCCACACCCAAACCCCAAACCAGAACUCCCGCUCCCACAUACUUGCCCCCCGUAGUCAAAGCCGGUCCCCCAGCCAAAAAACAGGAAGGUUACUUCUAUCCCAACAAUCCCCAACCAUCCUUCACUUUCUAA